CUUUCAAAUGCUGGUGGAAGACUUAUUAUAGCAUCUGAUGGUAUUUGGGAUGCUUUAUCUUCUAAUAUGGCUGCCAAGUCAUGUCGAGGUCUACCUGCAGAGCUUGCUGCAAAACUAGUGGUUAAGGAAGCUCUAAGGUCCAGAGGCCUCAAGGAUGAUACAACCUGCCUUGUUGUAGAUAUUAUUCCUUCGGACAACCCUGUAUUACCACCAACUCCAAGAAAGAAACAUAAUAUGCUAACAUCGCUUCUAUUUUUUGGAAAAAAAUCUGAGAACUCUGUGAACAAAGCUACCAAUAAGCUAUCUGCAGUUGGUGUUGUGGAGGAGUUAUUUGAAGAGGGUUCUGCAAUGCUUACUGAAAGGCUAGGUAAGGAUUUUCCGCUUAAUAAGAAUUCUGGUAUUUUCCGCUGUGCGGUUUGCCAAGUGGAUCAACCCCCUGGUGAUGGCUUGUCGGUGAAUUCUGGACCUUUUUUCUCUCCAGCAUCUAACCCGUGGGAAGGCCCAUUCCUCUGCGCAAACUGUCGGAAGAAGAAAGAUGCCAUGGAAGGAAAAAGGCCUAGCAAACCCACCGUCAUAGCAUAG